CUAGUGGAUCAUCCUUUUUAAAAAUCGACAUCUCUCAAAUGUUUUUGUCAACAAUGCAUGUAUUCUCUUCCUUCAAUGUAUUCAGUCUUUUUCGUCAAACCACAUUUCAAAACUUUACGAAUUUAUUUUUAUAAUAAUGUUUUUGAUAUGUUUCAUUAUAAAUUAAAAAUAUGAUGACAAUUGGGUUCGGUGUGGGAACAAAGAAGGUGGAGAAGAAAUCCGACUUUUUCGCGUGUAUACAUUGAACUUAAGAGUUUUUAUCCUCUACAUCAACUUCCACCGUACACCUCUCUCACCAUUAAAGACGUUUCUCAUUUUCUUCCUUGUUCUUCUCAAUAUCACAAACAUUUCUUCUGUAAAAAUCUUCUCUUUUUGCCCUAAUCUUCUAGGGUUCUUCUUCUUUUCAUGAAUCUUAGUCUUCGAUCUCUUCAAAUCUUCGUCUUUCUUCUUCAAAUCUUCUUCGAAUUAUGUCUGGAAUCUUCAGAUUUAGUGGUGAUGAAGAUUGUUUACUUGGGGGAUCGAUGUAUCUAUCACCAGGGAGCUGUCCCGGUGUAUAUUACCCAGCGCGUAAGAGGUUACGUGUUGCUGCGACGUCGUUUUACAGCGGUUUUGAGGAGAAGCAAACUUCAAUCGAUGUAUUGCCUGAAGAGUGUUUAUUUGAGAUUCUAAGACGUUUACCUUCUGGACAAGAGAGGAGUGCUUGCGCUUGUGUUUCCAAGCAUUGGCUUAAUCUUUUGAGUAGUAUCAGUAGGAGUGAAGUGAAUGAGUCAUCAGUUCAAGAUGUGGAGGAGGGUGAAGGGUUUUUGUCUAGGAGUUUGGAGGGGAAGAAGGCGACGGAUUUGAGGUUGGCGGCGAUUGCGGUUGGGACGUCGAGUCGUGGUGGGUUGGGGAAGCUUCAGAUUCGUGGGAGUGGGUUUGAGAGUAAGGUGACUGAUGUUGGUCUUGGUGCUGUUGCUCAUGGUUGUCCAUCUCUUAGGAUUGUUUCUUUAUGGAACUUGCCUGCUGUUAGUGAUUUGGGUUUGUCUGAGAUCGCACGGUCAUGCCCGAUGAUUGAAAAACUUGACCUUUCACGGUGUCCUGGAAUAACUGACAGUGGAUUGGUUGCUAUUGCUGAGAACUGUGUGAAUCUGAGUGAUCUGACGAUUGAUUCUUGCUCUGGUGUUGGGAAUGAGGGUUUAAGGGCUAUUGCAAGACGUUGUGUCAAUCUGAGAUCUAUCUCUAUCAGGAGCUGCCCACGUAUUGGUGAUCAAGGUGUUGCCUUCCUCUUGGCUCAAGCUGGUUCUUACUUGACGAAAGUGAAACUCCAGAUGCUGAACGUAUCUGGUUUGUCUCUUGCUGUUAUUGGUCACUACGGAGCAGCUGUUACUGAUCUUGUGCUUCAUGGACUUCAAGGUGUGAAUGAGAAAGGCUUCUGGGUUAUGGGAAAUGCAAAAGGGUUGAAGAAACUGAAGUCCCUCUCAGUAAUGUCGUGCAGAGGUAUGACCGAUGUUGGGCUCGAAGCUGUUGGAAAUGGUUGCCCUGAUCUGAAGCAUGUCUCUCUGAACAAAUGCUUGCUUGUUUCUGGUAAAGGACUUGUCGCUUUGGCCAAAUCUGCAUUGUCACUUGAAAGUUUGAAACUUGAAGAAUGCCACAGGAUCAACCAGUUUGGUCUUAUGGGUUUUCUCAUGAACUGUGGCUCAAAGUUGAAAGCUUUCUCUUUGGCAAACUGUCUGGGCAUCAGUGACUUCAACUCAGAAUCCUCUCUGCCAUCACCCAGUUGCAGCUCUUUACGUUCUCUGUCAAUCCGAUGCUGCCCUGGGUUUGGGGAUGCAAGUCUCGCUUUCUUGGGAAAGUUCUGUCAUCAGCUUCAGGAUGUUGAACUCUGUGGACUAAACGGAGUGACAGAUGCAGGUGUGCGCGAGUUGCUACAGAGCAACAAUGUUGGUCUAGUGAAGGUGAACCUGAGCGAAUGUAUCAAUGUUUCAGACAACACAGUCUCUGCAAUUUCUGUUUGCCACGGACGCACAUUGGAGUCUCUUAACCUUGACGGCUGCAAGAACAUCACAAACGCAAGCCUUGUCGCAGUAGCCAAGAACUGCUACUCAGUCAAUGACCUUGACAUCUCAAAUACUUUGGUCUCAGAUCACGGAAUCAAGGCCUUGGCAUCUUCUCCUAACCAUCUGAAUCUUCAGGUUCUUUCCAUUGGCGGCUGCUCCUCAAUUACAGACAAAAGCAAGGCAUGCAUACAAAAACUCGGCCGCACGCUUUUGGGAUUAAACAUCCAACGUUGUGGCAGAAUCAGCAGCAGCACUGUGGAUACUCUUCUCGAAAAUCUAUGGAGGUGCGAUAUACUCUACUAAAUUCCCACUUUUUCUACAAAACCUUAGUAUCAUCAUCAUCAGUCCAAGUCUUUUUCCUAGGUUUUGGUCGCUAAAACCCAUAGAUUCCACCUAGAACUUAGUUUCUUUCUCAGGACACUGCAGUUGUUUUUUAAAAUUUUUGGCAGGUUCCUUCUAAACAAAGGAGCCUGUUUCUACAACUGUUAGUGUUUUUGUGAAGCCUGUCACUGAGUUCUGGUAAUCUAGUUUAGGGUUUAGUCUUGACCGUCUUUUUGGAGUUGUUGUCUCUCUAUGUUCAGUAAAGUUCUUGUAGAAGUCAUUUGUUCUUUGGUUUAGGUUCGUGAUAGUGCCUUUUAUCUUCUUCCACUGUAGAGCUUUUGGCAAUGGCGGUGUAACUUCUUAAUCCGCCAUUACAACUCUUCGGAGUUGUUUUUUUGUGUGUUAUGUAUCUGCCAAAAGCUCUGUUUUUUCCCACUUUUUUGUUUAAGGCACUAUCUUGUACUUAUGAAUCAUUGUAACUUUGUACUCUCUAUUAUAAAGCUUUCACUGAACAUAAUUACUACCCUUUGUAAUAGAACUUGAUCCUUACAUAAUUGGAUCAUUUUGUUGUG